AUGGCAUCCGUCACGUCGCUGGAUAGGGACUUGCGCGAUAUGCGCCUGUCCAAGUACACCCCGCAGGCAGCAAACGAAGUGCGCGAAUGGAUCGAGGAAAUCCUCCACGAGAAGCUUCCUCCUGGCGAUCUUAUCAAUGCGCUGAAAGAUGGAGUGGCUCUUUGCAAGCUGGUCAAUCUUGUCGUUUCCCCGGGCGUCAAGUACAAGCAGUCGUCCAUGCCCUUCGUGCAGAUGGAGAAUAUCUCGCAUUUCCUUCGCGCCAUUCAGAUGCCCCCGUUGAGCCUCCCUCCACACGACGUCUUUCUUACGGUUGAUCUCUACGAGGCGAAGGAUCCAGCGCAGGUCCUACAGUGUCUGGGCGCCUUCAGUAGAAGAGCCAACGCCAUCCAGCCCAGCAAGUUCCCUCGCUCUAUAGGGGGUAUCAAAAGCAAAGGUGGGGUUCUGAGUCCGCAGGGAACGGGCAGUGAAACGAGCUCGACUACUCUUAAUCCGGCCGUCAGCCCGUCUGGACGAGCAAGCCCUGCAAGGACUGGAUCAUCCCAACGUUCACCUGGAUCGGUCGCCGUGAGCAGCUGGAGCAAGAAAUCCGACGAAGAGACCACGGUACCGGCGUGGAACAUACACCAAUACGGAUAUAUGGGCGGUGCAAGCCAGGGUAAUCAGGGAAUCACCUUUGGUGCACGGCGACAGAUCACGACUCCCCAACCAUCCGUGCCCAGUCUGGCAGAGAAGGAAAGACGUCGUCGUGAGGCCGAAGCCGAAAAGGAACGACAACGCAAGGAGGAAGAAGCGAGGAAGCAGAAGGAGAGGGAAGAGGAGGAGGAACGCGCCAGGGCGGAGGAAGAGCGCCGCUGGGCAGAAGAAACAGAACGGUUAAGAGAGAAAGAGCGUCGGGAAAUGGAGGAGGAGAAGAGACGGUGGGAUGAAGAACAACGGAGGUGGGAGGAAGAAGAACAGCGCCGUCUGAAGGAGGAGAAAGAGGCCGAGGAGAGGCUCGAGAGGGAACGACAGCUCGAAAGGGAACGACAGCGCAAGCGAGCGACCAGCGAUGCCCGGCUGAACGGGCAAUUCCUCAGCCAGUAUCAGGCGAGCCUGAAAGCGGAAAAGCAAUCGGCGGAAGCGCAACGCAUCAGGGAGCUGGAACGGGAGCUCGAGCUGGCCAAGGAGCGAGAACGCCAGUAUGAGCGCGAACGUAAAGAGCUUGAGGCGAAAGCAAAGUCCCGCUCGCGAAGUAGUAGUCGUUCCCGUCCCGUGCAGCCCAGCUACGAUCUAUCUUCUCAAGAAGAGGAACGCAAGCUCCUCCGAAGUGAAUGGGAGAAGCAGAAUACCGAAGCAGCACAGACAGACACAACUGAUACGCCACCUCCACCGCCUCCUCGUCCGUUACCAGAGCCCACGACGACGUCCUCACGGCCGCUCCCUGAUCCGACCGCUUACGCCCAGCAGAACAAGGCUCGAGAAAACCGGACCGACCGUUUCCUCGCAUCCAACCCGCCCCCCGUCGAGGAAAAACCGACGACCCACCGGCCAGAAGACUACUCGUCCACGGCCGAAAUCGACGCGGAGAACGCGCGCCGCGUAGAGUCGACGCAGAAGACGCGCGCCGGCGGCUGGGCGUCCAAGACGCUCCUGGAGCGGGAGAUGGAGCGCGAACGGGAACGCCAGCGCGAGUGGGAGGAGAACCAGAAGCAGCUGCAGGAGGCCGCGCGAAAGGGCCUGAAGGAGAACAUAGGCACGGGACCCGGCGAGGGCGCCUGGGACGUCCAUCAGUACGGCUAUCUCGGCGGCGACAACCAGAACCGGGGAGGACCCGGGCUGGGCGUGGGAGGCGCAAGACGACAGAUUAUCGGUCCGAGGCCUCCGCCAUAA